AAGGCCGAAGUAGUCGAGAGCCGCUGCUGCCCGACGGUAUAGGAGGGGGGUGUCGCGGUUCGGAGGAGGGAAGCAGUUCCAAUUUCAAACAAAAACACGGAGAUAGAUAGGAGAGGGGGGUUAGGUCCCUGGAACCAGCAAUUACACCGAAAGACAGAGGGGGCAAAGAAGCUGCAAUUGGGACGAACACCUUGGCAACUUUGCAAACAGCUGUGCAGCGCGGAAAGUUUGCAAUUCUCUCCGGCUCGCAUAGAAAAUCUAUACUGUAUUUUUCUAUUUUUUUUUAACGCGUGACUUAAUUUUGGUGCAGAAAAAAAGCGGGGUUUGCAUUUGUUUUCUGCGGGAGCUUUGUAAACUUUUUUAAGGGGUGGGGGGGAGAGAAGGAAGAAGGUUUAUUUUUCGGAUUGCUUUUUCUUUUUGGAACUUUUUUUUGUGUAUUAUUCCUAUCAUCAUUACUGCUACGGAACAUGCCCAGGUCGAGCAGGCAAAGGGAAUAUAAGCCCGGCGAUCUGGUGUUUGCCAAAAUGAAAGGUUAUCCCCACUGGCCUGCGAGGAUCGACGAGCUGCCGGAGGGUGCGGUCAAGUCCCCCUCCAACAAGUACCAGGUGUUCUUCUUCGGGACCCACGAGACGGCGUUCCUGGGCCCCAAGGAUCUGUUUCCGUACGAGGAGUGCAAGGACAAAUUCGGAAAGCCCAACAAGAGGAAAGGCUUCAGCGAGGGCCUAUGGGAGAUUGAGAACAACCCCACCGUCAAGGCGUCGGGGUACGAGCCCACCAAGAAAGAGGACUCCGCCGACGAAGGGGCCGGGGACGCGGCGGCGGCGGCCCGCCCCGGGGCCCGGGAGGGCGGCGCGGAGGGCAGCAGCGACGAGGACGAGGGGACCCUGGUGAUCGACGAGAAGAACGAGAAGGGCGGGGCCAAGCGGCCAGCCGAGGACUCGCUGGAGAGCUCUCCGAAGCGACCCAAGGACUCGGAGAGCGAGGCGCAGGGCGAGACGAAGGCGGAGAACGAGAAGUCGGACGCGGAGGAGGCCGGGCGAGACCAUGCAGAGCCCGAGGCCAAGACCAACAACGCGGGGGCGGAGCCUGUGGCUCCCGUAGCCACUCCCCCCUCUGCCACACCCCCCCGGGGUGGCGAAUCAAAACUGGAGGGCCAGGAUGCCGCCCCCGAGGGCCAGCUAACACCAGAGAAGGCUGCAACAGACAGCGCCUAAUGUGAGGACUCUCCAGCCGGCCAGCACUUCCAAUGUAUUUGGGAGUUAUAAGCGUUAAAAUUUGACAGAAUUCCUGUUUGAACUCUUAGUUUCUGCAGUUUAAAGUAAUGGUUUUAAAAAAAAAAAGUAAAAUAAUCUCAUGCCAGUAUUGGAUAGAGUGGUCAGGGAUGGCAUCUCAGCUUUGAAGAUGCACCGCCGAGACAUAAUUAAGAAGUGAUUAAUGUUUUAACCUUUUUAAAAAGGGGGUUUUGGAAAAGAAAACAUUCAAAAGCAAAGUGCAAUUACAUUUUCUGGGCACCAGGCGGUGCCGACCCUUUUUCGAACAGUGAGGGACAGCUAGCAUAACUCUCGCGUCUUUAAAACAUUUCAGUAAUCAAAUUAUUCCAUUUGAAAAGAAUCUUUUGCUAAUCAUGUUUAAUAUGAUGUUUUUAAUUCUGAUGUUAGUAUGAAGAUGUUAAAAUUUGCUAUUAAACGCAGUGUUUGGCAUACAGACA